GCAGGGAGAUUUUACAGAGCACUUUUUGAAGCCCACCCCACCCCUCCACUCUAUUUUCCCCAAUAGGUGACACUCCUUAUACACAAAAACAAGUAGAUUGAGCAUCAAAGUUUUGGGGGGUAAACUAUCUUAAAUUAUUGAAGAAGACAAGGGAAUGAGAAAGCUACCCUUUCUCUUUCUCUCUCUCUUCCUCUCUUUUCCCCAAAACCCAGCAAGAACUGUCCCAUUGCCAAUUGGGGAAUGAAAAUGGAGGAUUAAAAGAGAGAUAGAGAGUUAAUGCAAAAUCAUCCAAACCCAUCUUCAGUAGUACCCACUGAAUUUUUGGGAGCUAAGAGUUUCGAAUCUUUUGUUGAUUUUUGAUUUUUGUGACUGGCUUAGCUAUUGCGGAACGAAGAUGCCAAGGCCAGGCCCGAGACCGUACGAGUGUGUGCGGAGAGCUUGGCAUAGCGAUAGGCUCCAACCCAUGAGAGGUUCUAUUAUUCAGCAAAUUUUCAGGGUUGUCCAUGAGAAUCAUACCCCUGCAACUAAAAAGAACAAGGAAUGGCAAGAGAAAUUGCCGAUUGUUGUUUUCAGAGCUGAAGAAAUCAUGUAUUCUAAAGCUAAUUCCGAGGUUGAGUAUAUGAAUCUUGAGACGCUUUGGGACCGUUUAAAUGAUGCUGUUAAUACUAUAAUUCGAAGAGAUGAAAGUAGUGAAAGUGGUGAGCUUUUGCCUCCAUGUGUUGAAGCUGCACUUAACCUCGGUUGUGUUCCGGUACGAGCUUCUAGAAGCCAACGCCAUAGCAACCCGAGGACUUAUCUUACUCCAAGGGGUCAAGAACCAACAUCUACUCUUGCCACUACAUUGAAUAAAGCCACCGACGAAAGACGCCUACCGGUAUCGCCAUUACACCCUGGCAACCAGUUGAACUUUGCAAGAGCCAAGACUAUGAACUCCAGUUUUUUUGGUUCAGAGCGCAGUAGCCAAAUAAAACAACAUAACAACCCUGCCAUUCCGAGUAGCCCUGCUUUCUUGAUUGAGAAUGUCCCAGUUGUUCAUAACAACUUUUCAAUGACUGAGACCAACACCCCACUUAACAUGGGAUCUGUUUAUCCAUUGUAUUAUGGAAUUCGUUGUCAAACUGAAGAACCCAAUUUAAGUUCCCAGAUAUCUGCAGACGCCAACCAACAGACUAUAUUUUUGGGUAGACCAAUCAUAUCAAGUGCAGAGCCUGCUGAGCACAGCCUUCGCUCUUGCAAGUCCGGAAAUGCUAUGAGCAGAUUCCCAUCAGAAGUUAUCACAGCCAGAGAAGAAAAACUACCAGACACAGAAUGUGAUUUAUCUUUAAGGUUGGGUGUACCUUCCUUGCCAUGUGUAAGCAGCAGAAAAACUUGGGCUCUUGAAACUGGAGAUGUUGCUCCAAGCAGUUCUCGGGAGAGGCGCCAAUUCCAUGAUCAAACCAUUUAUGCGAAUGAAGAAUUCAGUUUUUUCCCAACCAGAACUGAGUUCGAACGCUUCGGUUCCUGUUCAAAUAUGUGGAGUUGUGGUGGUCAGAAUUCAGAAUCUUCCACAAAAAAACGAAAAGAGCCAUUUUGUAGCAAUGAGGAGAAUGAACCAUUUUGUUUGCCACCUGAGGUUCCAUCUUAUUGGUUUGACAGUCAAACUAAAGGGUCAGCGUGUGGUUACAAUACUUUGAGCAACUAUCUGUGUCAUGGGAUUAGGAUUACUUAUCAAGAGAAUAUAAAAACAAUUGCUUUCUUUCAUUGAGGGUGUCUCGUAUCUCAAUCUGAGCAGCUGACCGUUCAUUAUUGAUUUUCCCUAAUUUCUGGAGUUGAAGUUGCAUCUUUUCUGGGAGAUUCUGCUGGAACUUUACCUUUAAGUCAUUAUAUCAAAAGUAAAUAAAUAAAUAAUCUUUUGAAUGAUGAGAUUUUGUACUAAAUAGUGCAUCAUAAUUCAUAAGUGAAUUGGUAUUAUUUCUAUAAUUGAAUGAGAAAUAUACACAUACUCAUUCUUACUAUAUAUGGGGUGAUUUGUCCAUGCAUAUGUUUGUACGUGUGUAAGCAGAACAUGUUUAAAUUAGGUAAAUUCACAUAUUUUUGUUCAAAUUCAACUGAACAAAGUUACCUAGUCUUCAAAGGGCCUAAAAGGAGGAAGAAAAAGAAGGCUGAAAGAAAGGUCAGUAACCUGGGGAAGUAGUCUUUCUUACAGAUGUCUGUCAAAGAUUAUUCAUAUGUUAUUUUUCUUAUAAAUGUACAUUGCCUUUGAUGAGAAAUGGAUGUGAAUUUGCAUAACAUAUCUCAGAAUCUUUAGUUUGUAUUUUGAUUCUCUAUCACUUUAUCUCUGAUUUCGUUUACUCUUUCAGUGCAUAAGACUCCAUCCUUGUUGUGAGUGGGGGUAAUGUAAAUUCAUCAGGGCGAUCGGUUAACAUGAAAGUAUUGGUGCGUAUAUUUAACUUUCUGUUUAGUUAUGGUUAAUCAGGUGUUUAUGUUAGUCUUGAUCUCCCAAAUCACUCGACUCAAAUCAAAAUUUAUUUAACAUUGGAUGCUUGCUUGUUUAGUAAAAUAGAAAAAGAUUGCAUAAAAUCUGCUUCCUCUCUGAUUCCUUCUAGCUUUAGCUUCAAGGAAACAAUGAAACAAAUCUUAUGGAGGUUAUUUGAAGAGGAAAACAUGUCAUGGUAGAUACCUGGUACUUUAUGCGUUUCAGAGUUUUGUGGUUAAAGAUCCCCCACACCCCACCGAACCCCAACCAAACACAAACAAACAUGAGGGAUAUUAAAUUGCAGCUUUUUGUCUAUGGGAGCUUGCUGAUUUAAAACAUGUCUCAAUUUCCUUUUAAGCACAUUUAUUUUUUCUGCCACUGACUGAUUGAUAGUUACCUUAAUUAUUUUCUUUAGCUCUCCCCAACCCAGAGCCAAAUAUAGAUGUAAACAUCAUGGAGGUUAUUGGAAAGAGAAACAUGUCAUGUGUGGGAACUUGCUGAUAUGAAAUCUUCUGUAAAUUACUUUACAAACAAAGUUCAUUUUUUAUUUCAAUAACGGUAAAUGAAACUGAACAGGCUGGAAAACACCACUAGCCAGGAUUUCCUA